ACAACAUCACCAACAGCGCAACAAAAUCAUAACGACAAUCAUGGACGAAGAACACGAGGAGCUUGACUGGGGCCACGACGACGACGAGCUCGCCGGCAGUAACGUACUCGAAUACCCAAGAUCAGACGCAGAGGGGGUCGACGUGGAGGAUGUGGUAUCGCUUGGUGGCGACGACGACGACAUCCAGGAAUAUGCUGACUACUCGAAUACUCCCCUACAACAAGGAUCAGGCAAGUCAGCCCCUCCUUCUAGGGCGUACUCGAGGAGCGAGAGCAGAGGAGGGAGACGUGAUGCAGACCGUGAGCCAUCCAUCGGUACUCGACGACAGAGCCCGACACCCCUUUUAUCGCCUAAUCAUGGUCGGAGUCGCUCCCAACAACAACUCAAGCACGCACUUCCACCCAAACCUGUAGUCGCUAGUCCUGCGUUUCCCAUACCCUCGACGACCGCUGCAAGUCCCAUGUCGAUGGCUCGCAGAGAGAAGGAACGUCGGGAAGCUGUCGCGGACAGCCAACCUCCGCCGCCUGGAUGGGAGGUACGGCAGUCUCGACGCGGAGAUGUUUACUUUUACAACCCCGAGACGAAGGAGUCGCAGUGGACUCGGCCUGCAGCGCCGAAGCCGAAAGCCGUCGAGCUUUCGCCUCCAGCCCGAGGCAGACCAAUCAUCCUGCACGAGAGGCUUGUCAACGGUGAUUCGUGGGUGGCUGCUAUUGAUGGUAAGGACACGUCGCCAAGGGCGGCCGGGGCAUCUCAUAGCAAGCUAUCAGCCGAAAAUCCAUCAAGUUUCUCCUACGAUGACCGGCACUACCGACCUGGAGAUGCCCCUCACACUUCUCAUCCUGAUCUUUCCCCUAGGCUGGUAUCAACACGCAACGAAGGAGCAUUGUCGGUGCACUCCGAGACUGACCACCAACACAACAUCGCUUCUCGUUUGGGACACCGGGAACAUUCGCCUUCACGCGAAACCAACGGCCGCGGCGCUGCUGACGAUCGUUUGCGCCCUGUCGAUUCUGUCUAUCGCAGCCGACCCCUCGACCAUGGAUCUCACACCACAUAUACCGCCUCUCGAGCUGAUUCUCCACCGCCCCGCCAAUCUGCCACUUACGACCGCGAACGACAUUAUCGCUCAGAUGACGAUCCUCACCAUUCGCAAGGCGCUCCUGUGCGACGUCGGUCAAUCUCACCAGCCCAAAACUCUGGCAGGUAUUCGGCUCCAAGUACGUUAAUCCACAUCAUACCACAUUCCUGCACCACCCAGCUCUCGUCGCCAAGCGUGAAAACUCCUCCCGAGGCGGAGGACUCGCAUCGACUUCAAUGUGUUCGUCUCGAGAAGCCUUGGGGGUCGAGUCGCCGAACCUGGCACCGCUUGUUCCCUUGUUCCACCAUUCAAUUGGUCUCGUCUUUCGGUCGUUUGGUCGGCUUCACAAGACGCUCACACUACUCCCAUCGGCCUCCGCUCUUUUAUUCUUCAUCUCCUCGUUGACGCGUCUCAUGAUGAUCAUCACCAUUCUCAAUACUGCCUUUUCCUUCGUCUUCUUUUCAUGUCUAGGACCUAGGUCGAAAUCACCCCGAAUGGACACAUGGACUCCAGCGACCUCCUCACACAGACCCUCCGAACGGGAUCGCGAGCACGAAUACGGUGCUCGAUCUCCCCCGCCUCCAACUUUGAGGCAAGAGAGUACUCGCCGACCAGCCAGCCCUCCCCCGAGAGUACGGCCUUCACCGCCGGUGCGUCAGCGGGACACGUACAUACCAGACGACAUCGCCGUACCUUCCCGCCGUGCUCGAGAGCCAGACAUGUCAAGGUAUGACGAAGAAAACGAGGCCAAACGUCGAAGGACAUCCGGCAUGCGAAGCAAUGAUUCUGCGCCAGCUCGUCGUACGGUGGCUCCUGAGGCCGUGAUCCCGCCCUCUGUGACGCGAACAUCGAUGUCUUCCUCUGGCCAUGGCGCCGAAUCGUACCCCUCCCCAUCCGCAGACCAAACUCGCUCUCGAAAACGUCUACCUCUCCCACCACAGCAGGCUCGGUUUCGCGAGAUGUCCUCCGCCACACCCCCAAAGCGUCCGGAUCAACCUGUUCCACCAGUUCCACCGCGAUCUCCUCCGGCCAACCGUUCAUACGCACCUCUUCCAAGUGAACCAUUGGCCUCACGGAACGCACCCCGAGCAGCUGCCCGUGAUCCUCCCCCGCACAAGCCUUCGGCGGCCUUUGAAGACAUGCCAAAGUUAGGCUUACCAACCCCUCCCGACAGUCAUAGCCGUCUUCCUCCGCCCGAUAGUAGCUCCGGGCGUGGCUUACGUGGUGAUCGAGAAAGGGAUAGAGAAGACGAACGCAUGGAUGUUGACCCAUCGGAUCCAUAUACCUCUAAACAUUCCCCGUACGAUGAGCCUCGCGCUCGACGAGAUGGCCAGCCGGCUUCUUAUCCACCUCGAGAUGAUAUUGUGUCUAGAGAUCCGGUCCCGCGCGCUCCUAGGGCGAUGGGGAGGGAACGGGAACGGGACAGUGGUUACGAAGGUGUGCGUCGCGGGUCGGGCUCCCCCACGGCACCAGCGUACUCUAGACGGGAGUCUACGACUUCAGUUGUCGCCGAAGUCGCUUCUUCGAGGGCAAGGGAUAGGGAACGAGAGAGGGAGAGGUCUCCGAUCGCCCCAUCGGCGAGAUAUAGGGAGCCUCCAGUCGCUCCAGCUCGACCACCUGUCGAACCUGCUAGGGAAAGAGAAAGUGUGAGGACUUCGUACGAUUGGUCUAGUAGAGCCGAAGUCCCAGCAACCGCCCCUUCGAUCCCACGCGAGCCGGCUCGCGCACCACGACGUACUCUGGACAACCAAGUUCCUAAGCUCUCUGGUACAAACAACGUGCCUAUCGGGCCUAGAAAAGUUCAGGCACCAACUAUUCCAACAUCUGUGCCGGCGCAGAGACCGUCUUCGCCUAUUAAGAGACGAGAUUCGACGUCAGGCGUAUCCCGGGCACCUGAUCGUCCGGGUGGUUGGGAUAGGAUGGGACGACAACCGCCACCUCAUAUGCCUGUACGUCCUGCUAUGGAUGAAGAUGCCCCGUCUGGGAAAAGACGUCCUGAGGAAAUGAAUGCUGUCCAGAUGUCUCCACCUCGUACACGUGCAGAUACUCGACUCCCUGAACGAGCAUCUCGCUUCGGCCCUCCACCAUCACUCGCGACACCGGCUUCCUCUUCGCCACCCGUCGCUCGCGACGGUCGACCUUUGACACCUGAGGACGAAUAUCCUCCUCGCAGACGAGCGUCUCCAUUGCCGCUGCGCUCUCAAGCUGCCAGGGGUGUCGGCGCGUCGACAUCUUCUCUUGAUGAGAAUUUUAUACACCAGACAGCGAGGCUGCGAGCUUCGGAUCCAGACGUACGGCCCCCGCCUCCGACCGGAACCCUGUCUCCUCCGCCGAUGAGGGAAAGGUCCCCUCCGCGAAGGGAGAGGGAGAGGUCGCCGCCAUCAUUACGAGAGAGGUCAUCACCACGAAGCGAGAGGUCACUACCACCCUUGAGAGAAAGGUCCCUACCGCGAAGAGACAGAUCACCACCGCCGCUGAGACAAAGGUCACCUCCACCUUAUGUGCUCCCUCGACGCGGGUCGAACAUACAAGAGCGUGGUGGGAGCUCCUACGUCCCAGUAUACGAUAAGGAUACCCCGCCGAGGACGUCUCCGAAUAUCCGUGGAAGGGAUAGGUCUCUUCCGAGGGACCUUCCUCCACACAAGCUUGCACGACACGAUUCCCUAGCAUCGCGACCGCCGUAUCAAGCCGACAGGGAACGCGAACGCGAAAGGGCGCCACAGCGUGCUCUUACCCCACCAUUGUCGAAUUAUUCUGGCGCCGUCGAAGAUCCUUCUGUUCGUGGGGCGGACGCUCCUGUCAUGUCUUAUCGCUCUAGGAUCGACGUAGAGGACUCGUAUAAAUAUCGAGGCAUGGCCGAUGCGGACCUUCACAACGGUCGGGCACUGGAAUACCCUCGGGAGCGUCUGGAGAAUGAGAAGGUAGAUGGCCGGAACGGGAAUGUCGCGCUUCAUGAGAGUGAGAGCCCAAGGGAUACCAAGCCAAAAGGGUUGUCGUUAUUGAGUAGACUGUCUUCGGACAUGCUACCGUCGAACUCGGGGAGGGAUGAGGAUGUAGAUGUCGGGAUGGAUGAGAUGGAAAGCAGGGAUGAGAAAAGAGUGAAUGGGAUUAGGGACCGGGGAGAUGGGCCAAGUGAGGUGCCGGCGUUUGUGAGCGGAGCGAAUGGGGGUGGGGGCGCAGAAGGUCGGGGGAGGGGUAGGAGGAGGUCAGGGAAGCCGAGAAGGGGGAGACGAUGAAUGAGGUUCUUGGAAAGGGAUGGCGGGCGUGCUAUUACGGUGAUUGGAUGCUGGGUCGAUGUGUUGUCUUGUGG